AUGUGGAAACUAGCUGGUCUAUCUGCAACUGGUUAUCACCGCGUGACGGAGGAGAUCUGGUAUAUGAAUUACAACUACUCAGGCUACAUCUAUACUCUGGACCUCUCUAAGUCAUGGAACACCAGUGCGAACUUUUCAAAUGUCAUGGGCACUAUGACAAUGGCAGGAGGUGCCGGCAGUAAUGUAGAUCCAACCUAUGUUGACGGUGUGCUGUUUGCCAACGAUAAUGAGUGGAUUGGUUAUGGAGGCCAAGGAUUCCCUGCUUCCAACAAUGUAGUACCUUCUGGAGAUGAGGUCCUCGGCUAUAAAGCUUACCAGGGGGACUCUGAUAUCCAAGAUUGGAGUCCAAUGUGGUGGACCGACGACCUACCAGACAAUGUGACUAAUUAUAUCACAAAUGGUGCUGGAGUCUCAGCUCCAAGCGAAAAUAUGGGCUUCUACUUCAGUGGCAUGCACGCUCCGGACUGGGCAUCUUUUACCUGGCCUGCUACCGAAGUUGCCAACAUCACUGCCGACACAUUUGUCACAAUCAAUAUGACAGUGAUGCGAUCGGAGGUAUGGGAUAAUGUGACUCUACCGAGUAAUAUCCAAGGCCGUGCAAAUGCAGAGCUUGUCUGGGUUCCAGUCUCGACGAAUGGAGUUGUAGUCGCAAUUGGCGGUGUUAUCAACCCUGCAGGGUUGUAUAUAGAGCUGACAUCUGAGCAAGAAACAGAGAGCAAAGAUGUCAGCCCAGGGUUCAUGGAGCAGAUCCCGGUUUACGACGUCGGUACCAAGACUUGGUAUCUACAGAACACAACAGGUGAUGCGCCGCCACAGUUGACCCAGUUCUGCUCUGUUCUUGCAAGUGCAUCGGAUGGUUCAUCGCAUAAUAUCUACAUCUAUGGAGGGUAUAAUGGUUAUAACUCCGCAUCUAAUCCCUAUGACGACGUGUAUAUCCUUUCGCUGCCUUCUUUCAAGUGGGUUAAGGCGUACAAUGGGACCACUGAACACGGUCGCACGGGACAUCGAUGCGUCAAGCCUUACCCUGAUCAGAUGCUCUCCAUUGGAGGGCUUCGCAUUGAUACAUCGUACUGUCUAAAUGGAGGCGUCAUCACAACCUUCAAUCUCAAUAAUCUCACCUUCCAGGAUAACUAUGACCCGUCAGUAUGGAGUGAAUACAAGGUGCCAGAUAUCUUGAUUGCAGAGAUUGGAGGAGACGCAUCCGGAGGUGCAACCACGACCUCUCCAUCCAAAUGGGACAACUCCUCACUAGCCAGCAUCUUCGGCGUGACGUAUACCAAAACUAUCUCAACAUACUAUCCCUAUAACACCACGUCCGCCGACACUACUAGUAAAAGCAGCGGCGGAAAAGGCCUCCCAAAAUGGGCAGCCGCAGUGAUCGGUGUACUCGUCGGUCUAUUCGUUGUUGGCCUAAUCGUCGUCGGACUCUGGUUCUGGCUUCGCCGCCGCCAGCGACGCGAAUUGGAGAAAGAACCACGUCCAAGUGAGGCUGAUGGCACAGAGCGUUUGACCUCGAUGUACGGUGGUGGUCCUGUUUCCCCGGUAGCUGGUCCCCAGUCCGUUUCUACAGGACAAGAUACCUCUCUCGGAGCAUACACAGCACACGAAUCCGUCGAUACAUCUGCUUCGCCAGGAACAGUAGAAUCAGGAGGAGGUAUAGUACAUGAGAUGCAUGACUCAUCCCCAGUCGAACUUCCUACCCAGUUCAAUAAUACAUCUACAACCACCACAGCCGAGUCUUCUGAUUUCGCAAGAAGAUCCUCUCCAUCACCGAUUUCACCUCAAACUCCAGAUACAGAGUCGGGUCAUUCAUUCAUGAUCGGAGGUGGAGUUUCAGGGCACCAUCGCACGCUCUCAACCCGGUCAAUCGAUAAUGUGGUCAGUGCAAGAUUGUCGCAUUUCCAGGAGUCUUUCGAUGGGACUGGUACCACUUUCACACAGCAUAAGCAUCAGGGCUCAGAAGUUUCGGAGAUCAGUGGGAGCUCGAAUGCUGGUGAUAGGACGCAGAUUAAUGAGACUAUUCAUGAAAAUGAAUGA